GAAAUAGUAAUAAAGAAGAAAAUGAAUAAUAAAAAAAGUGGGGGUCUGAGUAAAGAGCUUGCUUAAGUCCAAAGCCAAAACCCCCAAAAAAUGAAUGAUGAAAAAUACAUCAUCGGCCGGCCGCCAACAUUAACUUCCGAUCAAUUUCCCGAUAGCUUUCCCCCACUUUUCCUGACUUUCUCUUUAUCCAAACAAACCCCAUCUCUCUCACCCAAGCUACAAAAUCAAAAGUAAAAAUUAAAUCCUUCUAAUGGAUUUCAACGAACUAGAAGCAAUCGAGGGCCUACGGUGGCCGUGGCAUUCAUGGCCCACAACAAAACCUGACGCCUCCUCAUUAACGAUCCCACUCGCCGUCAUGUGCACGCCGUUGACGGAGUUCUCGGAGCUCCCAAUCCUCCCUUACGACCCUCUCAUUUGUUCCAAGUGCGGCGCCGUUUUGAACCCGUACGCGCGCGUCGAUUACACCUGCCGUGUCUGGUAUUGUUCUUUCUGCUUCUCCAAAAACUCUUUCCCUCGAACUUACUCUUCUUCCCUCGAAGAAUCCAACCUCCCCGCCGAACUCUUCCCCAAUUACAGCUCCGUUGAAUACGCGAGGACCGUUAAUCCCGUUACCACACCUAUGGGGACAUCGCUUUCGUCGUCUUCGUUGUCGUCGAUGGCGUCAUCGAUGGGCGGAGAAGCAUGGGGCAGAGGGCCGGCGUUUGUGUUCGUGAUCGAUAUGUGUAUGGAAGAAGAGGAGUUGAGAGGGGUUAAGAGUGAGUUGCUGCGCGUGGUGGAACAGUUGCCGGAGAGCGCGUUGGUUGCUUUGGUUACAUUUGAUGCGAUGGUGAAUGUGUAUGACCUUGGGUUUUCUGAGUGUUCGAGGGUCGUCGUGUUUCAUGGUGAUCGCGAGCUUUCUUCCCAGCAGAUACAAAAGUUUCUUGGAAUCGGUGGUAAGAAGCUACAGCAACUUGGGAAGAGUCUGGUUAUCCAAAAGCAGAGUUUUCUACUGCCUAUAUCUGAAUGUGAGUUCAGUAUAACAUCUGCGAUCGAGGAGAUCCAUUCCUUUGCGCAGGUGACACCAGGUCAUCGGCCUCAGAGAUCAACUGGAGUGGCAAUAUCUACUGCACUCGGACUUUUGGAAGGAUGUUUGGUUAACACAGGGGCCAGGAUCAUGGUCUUCACUUCCGGACCUGCUACUCGGGGCCCUGGAAUUGUUGUUGACUCAGAUCGUGCUAUUGCUAUUAGGAAUCAUAAGGAUCUCAUAAAUGGUCAGGCACCGUAUUAUUGGAAAUCUAGCAACUUUUAUAAGAGAUUAUCGCAGAGACUAUGUGAUUCAUCCAUUGUUCUUGAUUUGUUCGCUUGUUCUCUGGAUCAAUGUGGAGCAGCGGAGCUAAAAGUUCCUGUUGAGAGUUCAGGUGGGUUUAUGAUUUUAGGGGAGUCUUUUGAAUCCGAUCAAUUCCGAAAAUGCAUGCGUCAUAUAUUUAGUCGCGAUGAAGCAGGGAACUUGAAGAUGUAUUUCGAUGCAACCAUCGAGAUAGUGACUACUAAAGAUGUAAAAAUCUGUGGAGCCCUCGGACCUUGCAUCUCUCUUCGGAAAACAAAUAAUUUGGUGAGCGAGAAUGAGAUCGGGGAUGGUGGUACAUAUAUAUGGAAGCUGGGUACACUUACUAGUAAAACAUGUAUUGCUUUCUUCUUCCAAGUAAACUAUGAGCAUAAACCUCAACCCGGCGCUGCGUUCUUGGUACAGUUCAUAACACGCUAUAGAGAUGGGAACAUGGGAAUUCGAAGACGGGUGACAACCGCUGCAAGAAGAUGGGUUGCAAAGCAGUCACCAGAUAUUCGUGCCGGGUUUGAUCAGGAAGCAGCAACUUCAGUUAUGGCCCGACUUGCUAUCCAUCGAGCAGAAACAUGUCAAGCUAGAGAUGUUAUCAGAUGGUUGGACGAUAACCUUAUUCGUUUUGCUUCCAAGUUUGGAGACUAUAUACAGGAAGAUCCUUCGUCUUUUCGUCUUUCAUCGAACUUCUCACUUUACCCUCAAUUCAUAUUCUAUUUAAGAAGGUCCCAAUUUCUCGAUGUCUUUAACAGCACUCCCGACGAGACUGCUUUCUUUCGACUGAUGCUGAAUCGUGAAGGAGUUACAGAUUCUAUUGUCAUGAUCCAACCCACACUCCUACAAUAUUCUUUCGAUGGACCUCCGGUUCCGGUUCUCUUAGACAUUCGUUCUAUAUCCCCGGAUGUUAUUUUACUCUUUGACUCGUACUUUUGCGUGGUUAUUCAUUAUGGAUCCAAGAUUGCUCAAUGGAGAAAGCUCGGUUACGAUAAAGACCCAAAUCAUGGGAAUCUAAGAAAGUUGUUUGAAGCACCGGAGCUGGAUGCAGGUCAGUUGGUGGCGGGACGAGUUCCACCACCGAAGCUUAUUAAAUGCGACCAGCAUAGCAGUCAAGCAAGGUUUCUUCUUGCCAAGUUAAAUCCAUCGGUUACUCAAGAUUCAACGUACACGGAUGGUUCAGACAUUAUAUUUACAGAUGAUUUGAGCUUACAAGUUUUCAUAGAUCAUUUGCAAGCCCUUGCAGUGCAGGGCUAAUUUACUGGGAUUUUGUAUACACCAUCUCUUUGGAGCUACAUAUGUAUUUUGAUUAAAGCAUCUCUUUAGUAAACUAGUGGUCGAACUUUUGAAUCAACGAGGAACAAAGUGAUUUUUCAUUGUAUAUUUUUUUGUAUAUUUUGAGCAAAGAUGUUGUGGAUGCUCAAGACUAA